AGCCACUAGAGAAAUGCUUGCCGUGUGGAUUCCGACUACCAUUUCCAAUUUCACUUAACACGCUUAAGAAAGAAAAGGUAUACCCCACAAACAAACACCCAACCGGGUCGACCCGUUACCCUUUCAAUACUUAUUUUUCUCCUUCCUCCAAUUUUCAGAUAAAUAAAUUCAUUUGCUUUUCGACCAAAGUCACUCUUCAUAAUCUUCAAAUUUCCAUUUGAAUCAUAUACCUUCGAGUUGAUCAUCGAUCGUUCGUCUACUCUAAUUCUAACUUCUAAUUGACAGAAUAAAAUCAGGUUGGGGUUAUGAGUUCAAAUAUGUUUUCGAGGAUGUUUGGGAAACCCAAGCAAGAAACUAAUGCUCUUAUGACUCUUGAUAAAUUAAACGAGACGCUGGAGAUGCUUGAGAAAAAGGAGAAAGUGCUUCUGAAGAAGGCCUCUGCAGAGGUUGAGAAGGCCAAAGAUUAUACAAGAGCAAAGAACAAAAGAGCGGCAAUACAAUGUUUGAAGAGGAAAAGGCUCUACGAACAGCAAAUUGAGCAGCUUGGCAAUUUCCAGCUUCGCAUCCAUGAUCAGAUGAUAAUGCUAGAAGGUGCAAAAGCUACAACUGAAACUGUUGAUGCUUUGAGAACUGGAGCAUCUGCAAUGAAAGCAAUGCAGAAAGCAACGAAUAUUGAUGACGUGGACAAGACAAUGGAUGAAAUAAAUGAACAGACAGAGAAUAUGAAACAAAUACAGGAGGCUUUGGCUACUCCAAUUGGUGCAGCAGCUGAUUUUGAUGAGGAUGAAUUGGAGGCAGAACUUGAAGAAUUGGAAGGUGCUGAAUUGGAAGAGCAGCUUCUUCAACCAGCAACUACAGCCCCUGCUGCUCCAGUCCAUGUCCCUGCAGGGAAGCAACCUGCUCGGCCCAUUGCUCAGAAGCGUACAGCUGAGGAAGAUGAACUUGCUGCUUUGCAAGCAGAGAUGGCUCUUUGAGCUACUCCUUUUGUUUUAACUGGUAUUAUCUUGGGUAGCUUACAUAUAUAGACUGGUUGUACGCAUGCGAGAGACUACUGCAAGUGCUUUCACAUAUCUCGAUAUUUAUGUCGGUUAAUAGGGUUGUGUACAUAAUGGUGUUGCAGUAAAUGGUGAAUUCCAUGGACGCCAGAAUUUGUGGUUCUUGCUCAUAAGUGAAUUUUAUGUUAACGAAGAAAAAAAAGAUUAAAAAUUUCCAUAGUCAUCUUGUACCAUCUCAGGAGGAUAAUAAUAAUGUAUUGUCUGUUUUUGCAAA